CACUUGUUGAAUCAUCAGACAUUUCAAGACAUACUGCUAAUGAAAACUUUUCGCAUUCUAUUGCUAAAAAAUGGAAGGAACUGCAUUGACAAUAUAAGGAACUUCUAAAAUAGAAAGUGAGAAGAUAGAGAAAUGAGUUCAGAAAAUGAGAUGAUAUACUAUCCUGAAAAAAUGAAAAUUUUUGCAGUGAUGAUGACUUUUUGAGAAAUAUUUGGUGAUUCAAGAAUACAAAAAUCUACACUGCUUAAAAAGAAAAGUGUCCGACGGUAUGUCCAGCAUGGAGUGGUCUGAUCUAACCACCACGUUCCCUGAUGACGACGACACAGAUUUUAACCACAGCACCACAGAUUUCAAUUUUACGGAUGAUUACUACAUACCAUAUGCAGAGAACAUACCAGUUUUGAUGAACGUCACAAGAGAUGUUCCCCUAAAGUAUGCCAUGCCACUCUUCGGGUACAUUAUGCCGUUUCUUUUAAUCAUCACUGUGAUUGCUAACACUCUGAUAGUAGUCGUACUUUCUCAAAGACACAUGAGAACACCAACUAACCUGGUGUUACUGGCUAUGGCCAUAUCAGACAUGCUCACAUUAUUUUUUCCAGCACCUUGGUACUUUUAUAUGUACACACUAAACAACCAUGCAAACAUUUUAUUCCCACCAACUGCUUGCUAUGCCUACCACACCAUGAUAGAAGCAGUACCGGCAUUUUUUCACACUGCAUCCAUCUGGCUCACUCUCUUGUUGGCCGUACAGAGAUAUGUCUACGUUUGCCAUCCUACCAUUGCCCGCACAUGGUGCACAGUUCCGAAAGUCUUAAGAGCCAUGGCAUGGGUCUACGUCUUUGCAAUGAUCCACCAAUCCACCAGGUUCUUCGACCGAGUUUUCGAAGCAGUGCGAUUUCGGUGGAGAGGUGGCAUCCAUGAAGGCUGCGUCUUCAUUUCUGCUGACUGGGUACGCUAUUACAUCACUGAAAACAUCUACUACACGGUGUAUUACGGAUUCAGGAUACUGUUCGUCCACAUCGGGCCUUGUCUGGCUUUAGUCAUCUUCAAUGUUCUUUUGUGCUGGGCGAUGCGUAAAGCUCAGCUCAAACGCAAAAAGUUGUUAAAUGAAAACCGCAAAAGCGAAUGCAAGAAGCUCAGAGACAGCAAUUGCACUACUUUUAUGCUGAUAGCGGUCGUCACGGUAUUCCUAGCUGUAGAAAUACCGCUUGCAGUUACCACACUUCUGCACAUUAUGCAGAACGCACUCGAUCUUAAUAUCGCCGACUAUGAUGACCUCAACUCUACCAUUCUGUUUACCAAUUUUUUUAUAAUCGUGAGUUACCCCGUGAAUUUUGCCAUCUAUUGUGGCAUGAGUCGACAGUUUCGCGAAACCUUCAAAGACGUUUUUCUCAAAGGUAAAGUUGUUAGCGGAAGAGAGGGGUCUUCCAGAUAUUCUUUAGUCAAUGGACCUCGUACUUCAACCAAUGAAACCAUUUUGUAAAGUCAUCCUAAAUCGGCAAAGUAUCUGGAACUUUUUUCACAAAUACAGUGUACUACAUAGUAAAACAGUGAUUGCUCGAAAACAGUCCCAAAAAAUUGAGGAAAGAUCGACUCGAAAUAUAUGAGCCUACUUCAAAAUUACACGUACCCUACUUUCUUGGAAUGUUCUUCUAUAAACAGAACUAAUACCAUGUGCAGGAAUGCACUGAACAAUGUAAAGAACGACCAAGUUUCGAGUGCAAAAAUAGAGGAAUAUUAAUGAAAAUGUGGUUUUUUUCUCCUAUGUUUCGCGCAAUGUUUUAAUUAGGGAGCAAAAAAUGUGGAACCUUUGCUGAUUUCUUGCCCUAUUAAUUCAUAGCCUGUUACAUUUGUAUGAAUUUUCAAACUGAUUAAGUAUGUACGUUGCAUGUGAGAAUUUAUUUUUAUUUACGGUCAAAGAUUUCUGCAGUUCGUAUGCCUGAAUAUUGAUUAGUGAAGGCGUAUUGGAUAAAAUCAUUUUUAAAAGACCGUUUUAGAAAAAAUUCUGCAACUGUCGUUAAAUGCGCAAUGUGGAAUUUUAUUUGAAAGAUAAAAUUGGCAAUUACUGUUAAUUUAUUAAUUUACUUUCAUUUAUUUCUGUAUUAUGAAACAUGGAGCUUCUGUUACUUCACGCUGGAUUAUUUAAAACUUAUAUAUUAUUGUUGGAUAACAAAAAUAAAAGCAUCUAUCGUCUUUAAAGACUUUAUAAUUACUUAACUUUUAACUUACGUCAUGAGGAGCUUCAAUCACGAGUACAAAACUGUACAGGAAUGAAAUUGAGGUAUCACAAUGAACAACAGUAAAUGAAACUCAAUCGAAAGGCUCGUUCCACAGCCAGAUUAACUGCUUAUGCUCAAAGCCGACUUUUUAAUUUUAGUUCCCUGAUUUAAAAUAUUAGGAUGUGUGUAAAAAAAAAACAAGGUUAUUUAUGUCUUAUCAUAUGUUGUGUUUGUUACACUGUUUUCAUAACUUUCAGUCGUAUUUUAAAGCACUAAAUGCUAAACCGAAGUUGUCGAACAUGUUAACGGUUCAAAUACUUGCACUGAAUGUAUAUGUGUCCUUUAUUCUAUUAAUUGUUUAUUGUGAAAUGUCAGUGGACGUAAAAACAUUAAGUUAAAUAUCAAACUUGCAUUAGGAAGUUCAAUGUCUUCUUGCGCAUGUUUGCAAAUCAAGGUAAGAAAAAAACUUUGCUGUUAAGUUUGAUGUUUCUGAAUUCUCUCCUCGUCAGAACGUAACUAGGUUAUUCAACUAUUAUCGGGGGCUCUAGUGAAUGAAUCUGGAAACGUACUACGAGGAUUGAAAAAAAUAUUAUCAAUGAAAAUUGAACACAUCAUCUGUAUUUGUUGUAAACAGUAUUUGCUAUUCGUGAAAAGUGUGUGUUCAUGAUUUAACUCAUGAUGGUGCUUGUUGUAAAUCGAAAAUAAA